AUGGUGAAUCGGAGCCGGCUCUUCCCGUUGGCCGAACUCCCCGGCGCCGCCGCCGUGCGGCUGCCCUUCAAGGAUUGCGUCGCCCUCGCCGUCUACGUCUUCACCUUCCUGCUGGGCCUCCCCGCCAACGCGCUGGUGCUGGCGGUGUACGCGCGCAAGGCCCGCAAGCGCGGCGCCACGCCCAACGUGGUCUACGCGCUCAACCUCUGCGCCGCCAACCUGGCGCUGGUGGCCUGGCUGCCCGUCAAGGCCCUGGAGACGCUGGUCCAGGACUGGAGGCUGCCGGCGCCCGUGUGCCCCGUCUACAGCUUCUUCCUCUUCUCCUCGCUGUACGCCAGCUGCCUCUUCAUCACCGCCGUGACGGUGGGGCGCUACCUCAGCAUCGCCUUCCCCAUCGUCUACAAGAGGUACCGCCGCGCCCGCAUCUCCUGCUUCAUCAGCGCCGCCCUGUGGCUCGUGGUGCUCCUCCACCUCGGCUUCGCCCUGGUGGCGGAGGGCGGGGCCAACUUCGUCUCCGUGAAGGACGACGCCGCCGUCUGCUACGAGCGCUUCAACGCCUCCCAGCUGGCGGUGCUGCUGCCGCUGCGCCUGGAGAUGUCCGUGGUGUUGUUCGUCGGGCCUCUCCUCGUGACGUCCUUCUGCACGCUGCGCUGCGUCACGCUGGUGUGGCGCUCCAACCUGCGGCCCGCCGGGAAGAGGAGGGUCCUGACGGUGGCGCUGACCACGCUGGCGGUGUUCGUGGCGUGCUACGCGCCCUACAACGCCUCGCACAUCGUGGGCUUCGCGCUGCGGGCCAACGUGGAGUGGAGGACGUACGCCAUGCUGACGAGCUCCUUCAACGUGUUCCUGGAGCCCGUGGUCAUGAUGAUGCUGUCGCCGGCGUGGUCGAGGGGCGUCGCCGGGAGGGUGUGCGGACGGCAGAGCCGGCUGAGCCACAACGAGGGGUGUCGGCAUCGGUGCGACUGCACCAACGGGGCCGCGGCGGCCGCCAGGGCCAGGAGGAGCCAGGCGGAGGCCGAGGUGACGAAAGAAAGCCAGGAGUGA